AUGAAACCAUCCUCAAUAGGUGCUGCACUCUUUUGGCAGGAAGUUCUUUUCUGGUCUUAUCCUAUCCUAGCGUCCCCAAGGAUAUCGCCCGAGCUGGCACCCAGCCAGACUGUGGUUUCGAGUACAAGCUCGCCGAGUGUUUCCGUAUCCGCUGGCAUCUAUCAUGCCAACAAUUCCAGCGCCGGGGCCGGCAAGACUAGCGAGUCCGACAAUGGGGAUUCUACGACCGUACCGCUGGUUAAUUCGCCAUUACUCUUUCCCUCCUUCUCUGAGUGCACAUCAGGCGACACAGGCACUGCCACCUUCACAUCAGAAUUUGCUCACCACACUGGAUUCGAAACAAUAGCCGAGGACCAGGAAUUCUGGAACGAUACAGGUGCCGUUUGGGUAGUGAAGAUCGUCUCGCCCGGAUAUUCUAUUCAAGAGCUUGGACUCUUCGUAGGAAGCGAUCUAUAUCCGGUGAACAGCACAGCCAUAAGUAUUGAUUCAGCUAGUUCAGCAUUUGCGAUAACGGUUCCAACUCGUGGAUGUUUAAUCUCAAGGCCUGCCAUUAGUUGGUCGGUUGAGCCCACCCAAACGACAUCCAAUGUUGCCAGCACAUACACACUCAGCAUCUCGGGCGAAUACCCUUGCGCUUCUAAUACGAUCCUUAAUCCCCCACAGUGCACACACAAUCCUGCGUACGCUUUGACGGUCGAAAACUGGCUGGAGCAGGACGUCGAUCAGCUUUUAUACGAAUGGUGGUUCGAUUAUAGAGAUGACGAAUGCGAUCCUGAGGACUUGGGUAGUUCAACCUUGAAAUACCUCCAGCCGCCUGAUACUUCUAGCAAUCUGACCGCGCUUACAAACGCCGUUAUCGCCAAUAUCCUGAUCUCGGGCACCGUCCUCGAUGAUUUCAUUGAAGAAAGCGUCUCACCCUCCGAGAAGGGCAUCCUCGCCCUCACCUUUAUUGGUGCUAUCGUAGGGGUCAUCGGGAUUUUUUGGACUUUACUAAUUCCAGCGGCUGUAGUAGAAGAGAUUGUUGCAGAAGCAACAGAAUUAGGAGAAGAAAUUGGAGCGGUCGUAGGGGAAUCGGCCGAAACAGCGGCGCAGGGUUUGGCCACGGUGGCGAUAAGUCGAGUUGGUGAGGGUCUUUCGAGCCCAAAGGCCGCUCCAGGCCAAGGCGCCGCAAUCUAUGGGUCCAUACCGGGGGCUUUGAUCACUGGUUCAGCGAGUGUGUGGAGCAAGAUUGUCGCUAACGACGCAAAUCCUCUCGCCCAGAUAAGCACCUAUGAGGAUAUGCUUGCUCUCAAUUGGAAUCAAACGCAGACCACGUUGACAACCUUCAACGAUAAUUUGUUUAGCAAUAACAGCUGGUCGACGAUGCUCAUGGUGGCUCUUUAUGGAGGCAUAUAUGCGGAAAACCAUACCUCAUGGACGGAUAAUGAGCUCAAAGCCACCUUGAAUGUUGAUGUAACUUCUCGGAUGAUCAACAACAUCUGGGGUCAAGGACAAGUCUACGUGCAAUUCACAGACCUCGAAGACGAUGGCUUGCAAGCGGACUACACAGAUGCGUAUGCGUUCACAGCUUCACUGAGUGCUAUGAUCGCGAACAACCUAGGCAGUAGCCAAACAUUGAUCGGCCAGUUACCUGGCGAGUGGAGUCUUCCGGUCUGCGACGGCGGCAAAAACUAUUAUGGGUGGGAUUGGUCCAACACCGGCAGCCUCAACACCAGUACGGGAGCGGAGAGCGACAUGGCUUUCAAAAGCAGUGUACCUCACGAAUGGGUCCCGUGCGCUUGCGGAUAUCAGGGGAAUGAGACAUCGCUCUUCUACCAGGCGGCCAACAUGUGGAAUAUGUCGUGGACUGACCAGGAGAAACUCCAGGAGUCUUGUGCGAGGACCAUGACGUACAAUAAUAACCAAGGCUACCUAAACAUCAGUAGCGGGCCUCCGCCGAGCCACACGAUUGAUUACUCCGGGUCCAACAGUGCUCUCCUGAUCACGUACUCACCGACGUCAGCACCGCCCUUUCCGCAGGAUCCUCCAUGGUAUGUGUGA